UGCUGUUUCUUGAAAGCCAUCCAGAGAAGCUUGUUCUUGUUCUGGGCCAAGAGGCCAAGCUUCUCUUCACACCUUCACUCCCUCGUGAAAGAAAGAUCACAAUGCAGCAAUUUAAAUAUCUAGCUCCACUCACCUCAGCAGCAUUACUCCUCGCGUUAACGCUGCUGCGGCGCUAUGCAAUUCACCAGGAAUCACCAACAACGCCCUCGGAGCUCUCCACUUCUUUCUACGCUAAUACUUGUCCCAACUUCCCCCAGAUCGCUAGAAGCGUGAUUCGCUUUGAAGUUGCCAAUGACAGCCGAUCCUCUGCAUCCAUCCUCAAGCUCCACUUCCGCGAUUGCUUUGCUCAAGGCUGUGACGGAUCGCUGCUCCCCCAGGUCGGGAAGGAGCGAGGAGACGGACGCUCCACCAAGGGACUCAAAAUCAUCAACAAUAUCAAACGCGCCGUGGAGACCUCAUGCCCGGAAACUGUAUCAUGCGCGGACAUUCUUGCUCUGAGCGCCCGGGAAUCCGUCAUAGCCGUAAGUGAGGUCUCCAUUGAUUUGAGUUACAAAUGCUUUCUUCUCUUUCGAAAUUUGCAGCUUGGUGGCCCGUCAUGGACAGUAGAGUUUGGCCGACGGGACAAUCCCAGCUCCGCGAGCGUCGCUGCCGCGGUGGACGCCAUUCCCAGCCCAAAUCUCACCGCAACGCAGCUGAUUGAGAGCUUCCAAAAGCGGGGCCUUUCCAAGCGUGAUCUCGUAGCGCUCUCAGGAGGCCAUUCCAUCGGCCAGGCCCAGUGCUCCACAUUUAGCGCCCGCCUCUUCAACGGAACCGCAGGGGAUAGCAUCGAUCCGGCCCUCAAGUCCCGACUCGAGAAGACUUGCCCUCCAACAGCCCUAAACAGAUUGAACAAUUUGGAUCCCUCCCCCACCACGUUCGACAACUUAUACUUUCGAGCCGUCCAAGCGAAUCAGUCACUCCUCUUCUCAGACCAGCAGCUCUUGCAGAGUGAUCUGGCGGGCUUUGUCAAGGAGUUUGCGAACAACCAGAAGGCAUUUUUUACCGCCUUCGCCAAUGCCAUGAUCAAAAUUGGUAAGCUCUCGCCUCUCACGGGAGGACAUGGUGAAAUUCGAGCGUCGUGCUAGUUCCUAUACGUCUAUCCUUUUUCACUAUACUCCAUUACAA